AUGUAUGAAGUUGUGACAGAAGAGACAAGUGACUGGAUCAAAAUGCAGAGAACAACUCGACAUGGGAUGCUCAGCAUCAGUGGGGACAUCUACAAUACAACUCCUGUACCCAGGGCCCAGAGAACACUGCAGGAGUGGGAAUAUUGUAAGAGCCAAAGGACUGGGGAGUCGCAGGGUCCCCCAGCCACCACUGCUCUCCCACCUGCCAAGGACGCGGGAAGGAGGAAGUCCCCCAGUGGUGGCGGGGCAUCUUGGGGCGCCCUGCAAUUUCAGCACUGUCGUGCUGGAUCGGGGACAAGCAGGCAGAGGCUUGUACCCAAAGGUGUGGACUUGGACCUUCACCAGUGGGCAGCCGGGGCCCGGCUGGUCCCAGCCGCGCCCCAGGCUUGCUGCCCACCCCCCAGGGGCUCUCUACAUCCCCUCGAGCCCUCUGUGUCAGCUGUCACGGAAUUUGGCUCUGGGAGGCAGCUGGUCCCGGCCCGGAUCCCUGGUCCAUCUCAAAUGGAAACAGUUUCUCCUGAGGACUCGGCCAGGAAUCUCAGUGGAAAUGCACUGGGGCUGGGCUCCCUGGCGUGUUUAACCAAGGCCAAGCUUACCACUUUGAAGCGAGGGAUGCUUCAAAUGGAGCGGGAUUCCUGGUUACAGACUGAGAUUAUUGUGGAGAGAACUACAGAAGGAUGGGAUCCAGCAAGAGAAAAGGGGAAUCCAAGGACCAUUCUAUAA